AUAUACAUAUAUUACCAUCGAAAUAUUGAGCAUUGCAAGUGGACGUAUUUUUAUUAUUUAUUUGUUAAUAGUAUAUAAAGGUGCAUACAAAUAUUGGUAAUUAAGUGUUAACAACCCGCAAACAUGGCAAAUCUAAUACAAAAAGGCCUGCCUCUGACGUCGGCGCGGACGCCACUGCUGCAGCUGAUGCGCCAUCGCGGCAAGAUUAACAUACAGCGACCCAAGGAGCCGCAUUAUGAGCGGGCACGUGUCGUUGCCGUCACACAGCCCAAAUAUCCAGAGCCGCCUAAGGCUUUAACCUGCUUUCAGUCGCGGGCGCAACGAACGGCGGCUCAACUAGAGAAUCCCUACAAUGCAAUCAUAGCGCGCGAAGUGCGCAACUGGCUGGAUCACUCCCGCCUAGUGGCCAUCUUCCAUUUGAACUCCAUCACAGCCGAUGAGAUCUUUCGCGUGCGUGUCCAGCUGCACAAACAAAAUAUGCAUCUGAAAUCCUACGGCCGGAAGAUCAUUGCCCAGGCUGUGACCGGCACACAAUACGAGGCGAUUAUGCCGCUGUUCCACUCCAAUCACUGCAUCGUCUUCUCGCCGGAUCAGCAGCGUGUGGGCGCUUUGUUGCGCCUCACCCGCAAAGUGCCGCAAAUGGUGCUGCUUGGUGGCAUUGUGGAGAACACGCUGCUCAGCCGCAACGAGCUGAUCAACUUUGCCCAGCUGCCCGGCCUGCAGUCGGCCCAGGCCCAGCUGGUACAGACGCUCAACAUGGCGGCAGGCACUGUGGUGCAACAGUUGCAGGCGCAUCAGUGCAAUCUGGUCAAGGUGCUGGACGUCCAUGCCAAAGGCGGAAGCGAUGCGGCGCCGACAACGGAUGUGAAGGAAACAAAUACGUAAAUUAUAAUUUGAUAAGACAGUAGACACUCGUUAAGUGGAACUGUAGAAUCACAGAGAAAGUCCUCAUUUUGUAAGCCACAUGUAAAAUUGUAGACUUAAUGAAUAUGGUUUUUUAAAUGAGUUUUGAGUUAAGUCCAGUUAAACCAACAAAAAUGAUUUCAUGUUCUAAAGUUGCA